CCUCCCCACAAAAAACAAAACGACCGCCCCUCCCCCCUUCUCCCGCCCUCGCCCCUCUCCCUCUCCCAUCCCCUCCUUCCCCGGCAAGACUAGGGUUUUCAGCCACCGGGCCUCACCAUGUACAACGGAGGCGACCACUACGACGGGAACGGCGGCGGCGCCGCCAACGCCAACAGCCUCUUCAGCGGCGGCGGGUUCAUGCCCUCGCAGACCACCAACACCCCGGAGGGCAGCGGCGGCGGCAUCACCAAGACUCGCGGCGCGCAGACGCUGCUCCCGCUCACCGUCAAGCAGAUUAUGGACGCGUCCCAGACCAACGACGACAAGUCCAGUUUCGUUGUCAAUGGCACCGAGGUGUCCACGGUUAGGCUUGUAGGACGCAUGAUGAAUAAGGCAGAGCGGAUCACAGAUGUACGAUUCAUUCUUGAUGAUGGUACAGGCAGGAUAGAAGUGAAUCGCUGGGCAAAUGAGACAUCGGACAAUACAGAAAUGGGUUUAGUCAAGGAUGGUGACUAUGUUAUUGUCAAUGGUGGUCUGAAAGGUUUUCAAGGGAAGCGUCACAUUGUUGCUUAUUCCGUGCGGCUUGUAACCAACUACAAUGAUAUAACACAUCACUUUCUGUACUGCAUUUAUGUGCAUUUGGAUCUUGCCAAGGCUAAGAAAUCUGCGACGCAGCCCCAAGUAACUGCUAAUGCAUCAACAUGGAACCAAGCUCCACCCCCUAAUAAUCAGGCCCCAACACUAUCUGCAUCUGGGAAUGCUGGUGGGCAAGAGUUAACUGAUAUGGUCAUGAAUGUUUUUCAUGACCCAGUGCUUGUAAACCUGGAGCAUGGAGUUAGUAUCGCACAGGUUGCAAGCCGUCUUAACAUAUCAGAUGCACUUGCCAGGUCGACUGUUGCACAUCUUAUUGAUCUUGGCAACCUCUAUCCAACUAUUGAUGACAACCAUUACAAGUCUACACUGAAUGGUUGAUAUGGCUGUGUCCACGCAUGCAAGAGUUAGGCUCCCCUGGAGCUAUCGAAAUAAUAUAAGCACUCUUGGAAGAGUUGUUUUUGCAGAGUGGCUUGCUGGUCCUCUAGACAGUCGCAAGGAGAGCAACUUAACGGCUAGGUUAAGUUGCAUAUCUAAGUACUUGCGCCUUAUAUGUAAUGGUCUAAUGGACAUGAGUAGGUUAGAUCUCUAGGUGCUUUGUUUGUGUUUGCUACUGCAGUACCUCCAGAACAUCCAUGCCUGCGUGACCUGCAAUUAGUUUGCGACUUGUUUCUGGUUA